AGACUAAGAUACAGAUGACUCUAAUCUGUGACGAGAAUACUGAUAAUAAAUUGUAAUUUAUAUUAAUAUGUCUGAAUUAAAUUCCGUGGAAUAGAUUGAGUUCGUGCGAGUUGUGUUUAUAUACAUUUCUAAACAUGUCAUCUUUACUGGAUGUGGUUAAAGGCCACAGUAGGAAUCCUAGUGAUUCCAAGGAAUUCAUUCAGGCCACAAAACGAGAUGCAAUGAUGCACCUUCAACGGGAGCUAGAUCAGCUUAGCGACAAAUCAGAACCACAUAGAUCAGAACAAGCCAGGAAAGAAUUUGAUGACUUCAGCAAGUUAUUUAAGCGAUUCUUGGAUGAGACAGGGCCUUCUGUUAGUUGGGAUAAAAUAGAAAAAUUACCACCAGGUGCGAUUAAGGAUUAUAAUAGUCUAGAAUCGCCAACGGCAGAUACUGUACAUCACAUGCUUAAUAAAUUAGUAGUAGUAAAAUUAAAUGGUGGUCUGGGAACCUCCAUGGGAUGCCAUGGACCUAAGUCUGUCAUUUCUGUGAGAAAUAAUCUGACUUUCCUCGAUCUUACUGUUCAACAAAUAGAGCAUCUUAAUAAAACGUACAAAGUAAAUGUGCCAUUAGUGUUAAUGAAUUCUUUCAAUACGGAUAGUGAUACUGAAAAAAUAAUUAGAAAAUAUAAAAAUUUACAAGUAGAAAUUCAUACAUUUAAUCAGUCCUGUUAUCCAAGAAUAAAUAGUGACUCUCUAAUGCCAGUCGCAAAAUCUGGCAUCAUUGCUGAAGAAAUAGAAGCGUGGUAUCCACCAGGUCACGGAGAUUUCUAUCAAAGUUUCAAAAACUCAGGACUCUUGGAUAGGUUUAUAAAUUCUGGAAAAGAUUAUUGCUUCAUUUCCAACAUAGAUAAUUUAGGAGCCACCGUAGAUUUAAGCAUUUUGAAUUUGUUAUUGAACUCAAAAGAACAGUCUGAUAAUGAAUUUGUUAUGGAAGUUACAGACAAAACAAGGGCUGAUGUUAAGGGUGGUACCUUAAUAAAGUAUGAAGGAAAGCUUAGACUUCUAGAAAUAGCACAAGUUCCUAAUGAACAUUUAGAUGAUUUUAAAUCUGUUAAAAAAUUCCAGUUUUUCAAUACCAAUAAUUUGUGGAUUAAACUUGACGCUAUUCAACGGAUUAUUAAUGAAGGAGAUAUGAACAUGGAGAUCAUUAUUAAUAAUAAAACAUUCGAUAAUGGUUUGAAAAUCAUCCAACUGGAAACUGCUGUUGGAGCUGCAAUGAAAUCUUUUAAUAACAGCAUAGGAAUAAAUGUCCCUAGAAGUCGAUUCUUACCAGUAAAGAAAACAUCUGAUCUGCUGCUUGUUAUGAGUAAUCUGUAUGUCCUCAAAAAUGGUUCAUUGGUUAUGUCACCUCAAAGAAUGUUUACCACAACUCCCUUGGUAAAAUUAGGUGACAAUCAUUUUUCAAAAGUCAAAGACUUUUUAAGGAGAUUUGCAAAUGUACCAGAUAUCAUUGAACUGGAUCAUUUAACUGUGUCUGGUGAUGUAACAUUUGGAAAAGGAGUGUCAUUAAAGGGUACAGUAAUUAUUAUAGCCAACCACGGAGACAGGAUAGAUAUUCCAUCAGGAGCUUGCCUGGAGAAUAAAAUAGUUUCAGGCAAUAUGAGAAUUUUAGACCAUUGAAAGAGCAUACAAAUUUUAGAUAUUAAUUUUAAUUAAAUUAUUGUUUUAAAAAAAUUGUCAAGUGUCUAUUUUUCUAUGUUUAAUUUUAUCUUUUUAUUUCACAAGAAUUAUAUUUACAAGAUAGGUACUCUAAGACAUGUAUACUGUUAUUAAAAUAAUAUAUUUGUUACAGAACUUCCCAUUUCAUUUCAUCUGUGAAAAUAUAUGUUGUGUAACCAUAUUCUUACUUUUUUUAAGAAAGAUGUGGAAUAAAUUAGUACAGAUUGAUCUGUAAAUUUAUUUUUAUUAAUUAAAAGAAUGUACACUUAAAUAUAAUUAAUUAGAAAAAAGAAAGAAUUAAAAUCGUUUUAAGAUAAUUCAUUACAUCUUUGAAAAUAUUUUCAUUAUGAAUAAAUGUAGUUAAUUUGUGCAAUUAAUAAAAAAAAGACAAUUUAAAAUGUGUUAAACCUGCAAUUUUAUGUGUAAAGUAAUUUUGAUUGUAUAUUCCAUUAUAUUCAAAAGUAUUAUAUUGUGUGUGAUGAGAAGUUAUUUUGACACUACAGCUAGAUUUAAUUCUCUUGAAAGAAAGGAAGCUAUUUCAUUGAGAAUUAAUUCUUUUAUUGUUACAUUUGUUAUUAUCGACAUUAAAUUUGUCACGUCUU